AUGGCGGACAUCAACCAGGAGCACCUCAACGGCCACAGCGGCCUGAUACUUGCGGUGUUCUGUAUGGUUUCGUUCUUCGUCAUCUUCCCUAUACAAAUUCCGCUACUCGGCUUCUUGCAACGCCCGCUACUCAAAGCUCUCGUCCGAUGUCGUAUCAUUGGUGAACCGGAGCGGAAAGUUCUCAGCGAACAACGACUACACUUCACGCUCUCGCUUCUUACUGCGCCACUGAUCGGAGUCCUCUUACUAUUGGCAACCACAACUAUCAACGGGAGCACCAUUAGACUCGGAAUCGUGGGUGAUGAGAACGUCAAGCCCUACGAGGUGCUGGUGCUGUUCAUCUCGCUGGCAUAUAUCUCGAUAGCGUUAGACGGGACAGGAGCACUAGAGGCUAUUGCAUUCUGGGUGUCGAAGCAGGGUGGAAGUUCAGGACGGCUGCUGUUCUUCUAUCUGUAUGCUUUCUUCUUUCUCGUUGGCUGCAUAGUGGGCAACGAUCCACUCAUCCUGUCUGGCACACCCUUCUUGGCCUACCUGACGAGCAGCACCGGUCUAGAACCCACAGCGUGGAUCUUCUCGGAGUUCAUGGCAGCGAACACGGCAAGCGCGGUGUUGGUCAGCUCAAAUCCGACCAACAUUUUGAUCGCGGGGAGUUUCAAUCUGAACUUCUUGACUGGCUUUACCAAGUGGACAAUCCUGCCGACCAUCAUUCCAGCUGUCUUGAACUAUCCAAUUGUCUACGCUAUGUUCCACAAGAGGAUACCAAAGAAGUUGACGCCUUUGACGGAAGAUCCUUGGGUCAAGUUGCGCGAUCGGACAGGAGCGAUAUUCUUGAGUGUGCUAAUGGUGGUGACGGUUGUAGUAUUGGUCGGCACGAGCUUCGUGCCUGGCCAUGCUGUUGAAGUAUGGAUGGUUACUGCGCCAGCUGGAAUCCUGGCAUUCACAUUCAAUCUUCUGCGUGAUUCUCUAUACCAAAAGACUCUCGAGAGAUAUCGCGACACACAGAAGAACGACGCAGCCGCGGAAAUGCAGCCAGUCGCCCGACACGACUCACGCACAUCAAGCAACUACCCUACUAGACGGCAAUUGUCACGCACAGCCUCAUCACACAACUCCAUCGCCAACGACUCAAGAAAACCACCCUCCAGUACGGCUCCAGCAACUGAGAAAGCCGACACAGCAAAUCAGCAGCCAUCAACCCAAGACGAAGAAACUCUGCACGACGUGCCCAAGACUCCUGGCACACUAACGCACCUCCUCUCGUCCAUGACGUACCGGUUUCCCUCAACAACCCUCACUCUCCACCGCCUCCCGAUCCCGCUCCUCCCCUUCGCCAUGUGCGAAUUCAUCCUGGUCCGUGGCCUCUCCCAGCGCGGCUGGGUCCGCGUUUUCGCCAUCGGCUUCGCCCGCGCCUGCGCUCCUUCUCCCUUGGCCGCCAUUAUGUUCAUGGCCUUCAUCUCCGCUGCCUUCUUGUGUCCGCUCGCCGGCACCAACAUCGGUGCCACCAUCCUUUUGGUGGAGGUCCUACGAAGUCCACAAUUCAUGGAAUCCGAAGCGGUAUUGCGGGAUCCAAGAGUGCUGUGGGGCAGCGUGUACGCGGUCGCGAUGGGCAGUAAUCUGGGGGCAUUCAGCUAUACGUUCGCCGGGAGUUUGGCGGGCUUACUGUGGAGGGGCUUGUUGAGUGAUAAGGGGGUUGUGGUUAGUGCGAGGAAGUUUGCGAUGGUGAACUUUAUACCGUUGGUGAUGCAGACCACUGUUGCUGGGUUGGUCAUCUGGGGAGAGGUUUACUGGUUCACCCCGCCGGACAGCAUCUAG